AUGAGCAAGCCGAAGAGCGUCGUGAUAAUAGGCGCCGGUGCCGGUGGCAUCGCCAGCGCAGCUCGCCUGGCCAAAGCAGGCUUCAGAGUGACCGUGCUCGAGAAGAAUGAAUUCACGGGCGGUCGUUGCAGCUUGAUCCAUGAUGAUGGCUACCGAUUUGACCAAGGCCCAUCGCUUCUCCUUCUUCCCGACCUCUUUCGAGAAACGUUUGCCGACCUCGACACCUCGCUCGAAGAGGAAGGUGUGGAAUUGUUCAAAUGUGAGCCAAACUACAAUGUAUGGUUCAGAGACGGCGAAUGCAUCGAGUUAUCUACGGAUACGGCGAAAAUGAAGAAGACGAUCGAACGCUGGGAAGGCAAGGAGGGCUUUGAGCAAUACCUGGCGUGGAUGAGAGAGGCGCAUGUUCACUACGAGGCUAGUGUUACUCAUGUGUUGAAGAAGAAUUUCUCCAACAUGCUGGCGAUGGUCAGGCCGAGUUUCCUGCCUUAUCUGUUGGCCCUUCAUCCGUUCGACAGCAUAUGGAAUCGUGCAGCACAAUACUUCAAGACGGAGCGGUUGAGACGCGCUUUUACCUUUGGCAGCAUGUACAUGGGCAUGAGCCCGUUCGACGCUCCCGGAACAUACAGUCUUCUCCAGUACACCGAAUUGGCUGAGGGGAUAUGGUAUCCCAAAGGCGGCUUUCACAAAGUUCUCGAUGCUCUUGUGAAGGUUGGCGAGCGCCUAGGUGUGGAAUAUAGGCUUGCAACGCCCGUUUCACACGUCAACAUUGACAGACAUUCAAAGCGGGCAUCGGGAGUGACGCUAGCCAGUGGUGAAAUCGUCAAUGCCGACAUUGUUCUUGUCAACGCUGAUCUCGUCUACGCAUACAACCACCUACUGCCACCAUCUCCGAGAGCUUCUGCACUUUCGAGCAAGCCGGCGUCCUGCUCGAGUAUCUCUUUCUAUUGGUCCAUGGACACAAUCAUUCCCGAACUCCAUACACAUAAUGUCUUCCUAGCAGAGGACUACAAGGACAGUUUCGAUGACAUCUUCAAGCGGCAACAGAUCCCCAAGGAGCCUUCGUUCUAUGUCAAUGUACCUUCUCGGGUCGACCCCAGCGCUGCCCCAGCUGGCCGAGACAGUGUUGUUGUUCUGGUACCUUGCGGUCAUCUACUGGAAGGCAAGGCCGAUCGCGGUCUCGAUCCGCAAAACGCCCAAGAUUGGGAAGCGAUGGUUUCUAAAGCCAGGACCGCUGUCUUUGAGACAGUUCGUCUGCGCACCGGAGCAGAUCUCCUGUCUCAUGUGAAGCAUGAAAUCAUCAACACGCCAGCAUCGUGGAAGGAGAGUUUCAAUCUCGACAAAGGCGCAAUCCUAGGUCUGAGCCAUUCUUUCUUCAAUGUCCUCAGUUUCAGACCGGGCACAAAACACACCGAGUUCAGGGACCUUUACUUUGUUGGAGCCAGUACUCAUCCAGGAACAGGUGUGCCGAUCGUCCUUGCUGGCAGCAAACUCACCACUGGGCAAAUCCUGGACGAUCUGGGCAUGACCAAACCCUGGUCGGAGGGCGGUCACAAAAGGAGAAUAGUUAGCGAGCUUGAUCAGCGGGGGAAGACCCCUCUGGACCUUGCGCGCGUUAUGUAUCUGCUCGUUUUUGCCCUGGCAGUGAUAUUAUAUCUGCUGGCGCUUAGAUAG